AGGGUCACCUCCUAUAUAUAUCUACAUAUAUAUUCAACUCAUCAACCAAACCCAAUUCAUCAUCUUUCACACCCCCCUCACACUUUCUCUCUCUAGAUCUAUCUCUCCCUUCUCCUCUUUCUCUCUCUAAGAAAAGAAAAAAUGGACGGUAGUAUCAUAGAUGACAACAGCACAACAAGUGACUCUAUCUCUCUUCCCAUCCCGGCGACAAAGUCGCCACAGAGUCUAUGCCUCGCCGGGAGCGGUACUAGUGUUAUACUAGACUCCGAGAACGGCGUCGAGGCCGAGUCCCGGAAGCUCCCGUCGUCCCGAUUCAAAGGCGUCGUGCCGCAGCCGAACGGCCGGUGGGGAGCUCAGAUUUACGAGAAGCACCAGCGGGUCUGGCUGGGGACUUUCAACGAGGAGGACGAGGCGGCUCGGGCGUACGACAUCGCCGCCCAGCGCUUCCGCGGCCACGACGCCGUCACCAACUUCAAGCCGGAGGAGGACGACGUCGAGGCCGCCUUCCUGAGCUCCCACUCCAAGGCGGAGAUCGUGGACAUGCUACGGAAACACACGUAUCACGACGAGCUCGAACAGAACCGAAGAGUCUUCAAACACGGGAAUGGAAAAAAUGCAUGUAAGGACGGGCUAUCCGGGUCGUUCGGGUCGGGUCGUACGCCGAAAGCCCGCGAACAGCUCUUCGAGAAGGCGGUGACGCCAAGCGACGUCGGCAAGCUGAACCGGCUGGUGAUACCGAAGCAGCACGCCGAGAAGCACUUCCCGUUGAACAGUGCAAGCGCCUCCAAGGGCGUGCUACUGAACUUCGAGGACGCCGGCGGGAAGGUGUGGCGGUUCCGGUACUCGUACUGGAACAGCAGCCAGAGUUACGUGCUCACCAAAGGGUGGAGCCGGUUCGUGAAGGAGAAGAACCUGAAAGCCGGCGACAUUGUGAGCUUCCAGCGAUCCACCGGGCAGGAAAAGCAGCUCUAUAUCGACUGGAGGACGAGGAACGGGUCGGGUUUGCAACCCGGGUUGUUGAGCCCGGUCCAACCGGUUCAGAUGGUUCGGCUGUUUGGAGUGGACAUAUUUAAGGUACCGACAGUUGGUCACGGUGUUAAUGUUGUUGUCGAUAGUAAUGCUAAUUGUGGCGGGAAGAGAGUGAGAGAGAUGGAGUUGUUGGCAUUAGAGUGUUGUAAGAAACAACGGGUCAUCGGAGCUUCAUAGCACAUUAUGUGUUUAAUGUGUUUUUUGUUUUUGUUUUUGUUUUUGUACGAAGGUGUUAAUUUGCAAGUUGCAAAGUUGAAGUUUUUUAUAUUACUAGACAAAAGCUGAAGAUAGCUAAACUUUUAGGUGGAACAUAUGAUCAUAAAGCAAUGAAAAACCUGUUCAUUUGUUGCGUUCAUUGUA